AUGAACAACAGCACUUUGCCCGAGUCGUUUCGAGACAAGCAGAUUGCCGCGAUCACGCGUGUUCUCUCUGGAGAAAAUGGGAGUGCCAACAAAAGCCAGGCUUGGAAGGUGCUGGUCUUCGACAAGUUUGGCCGAGAUGUGAUUUCGUCGGUGAUGCGAGUCAACGACCUGUUCCAGAACGGAGUCACCAUCCACAUGUUGCUGGAUUCCGAUCGGUACGCUAUUGACGUUCCGGUGGUGUACUUUGUGCGACCUACAUCCGACAACCUUCAAAAGAUCACGCGAGACCUGCAUUCCCAGCUCUACGAAUCCGCGUCCGUCAACUUCGUGUCUCCUCUUCCCCGUCAGCUGCUGGAGACCUUUGCAGCCGACAACGUGGCCACAGCCUCUCAGAUUACUCAGGUCUACGACCACUACCUCAACUACGUUGUUUCCGAGGCCAACCUCUUCUCUCUGGCCUUGCCUAACAUCUACUCUGAGCUGGCAUCCCCCAAGAUGGACGAGGACUCGCUCAAUGCCAUCGUCGACCAGAUUGUGUCUGGUCUGUUCUCUGUGGUUGUCACCCAGGGUGAGAUUCCCAUCAUUCGAUGUCCCAGAGGAAACGCCGCCGAGAUGGUCGCCCAGAAACUCGACUCCAAGCUCAGAGACCACGUCAACAACCUCAAACUGACCACCAACCCUCUCUCGCGACCGGUGCUCAUGAUUCUUGACCGAAACAUUGAUCUCGCGUCCAUGCUCCAGCACUCGUCCAACUACAUGGGACUGGUUCACGACGUGUUUGAGUCCGAAAGAGGCCAGAUCCGAAUCGCCAAAGACAAUGGCACCACCGAGUCGUACGAUGUGGCGCCCUCCGACUUUUUCUGGAACCAAAACUCGCUUCUUUCUUUCCCCGAGGUGGCGGAGUCUAUGGACAAUGAAGUCAAUAAGUACAAGGAGGAGUACAGCCAGAUCACUGGAGGCGCCAACAUCAACGAUAUGGACACAGAUGCAUCCCCCACGCAUCUCAAGAAGGCUAUCUCGGCCAUCCCCAAACUCACGGCUCGAAAAGCCGUCAUCGAUAUGCAUAUGAACAUUGCCACUGCUCUGGUGGACCGAAUCAAGAAGAGACAGCUGGAUAUUUUGUUUGAGGCCGAGGACGGGCUGGACAAGCAGGCUCUCUUGCCUCUGCUCAAGAACGAAGAGCUGUCUGGCACGGACAAGCUGAGAGCCUAUAUUUGUGUCUACCUAUCCGGCACUCUCUCGGCUGCCGAACAGAAGGAGUACGAGGGUAUUCUUAGCACACAGGGAGUGGACAUGGCUGCGCUCAACUACGUCAAGCGGCUCAAGGACCUGUCCAAAAUGAUGGCGCUGAAGUCGUCAGCUGCUUCUGCACAGGAGCCCCAGACGUCGGAGCAAUCGUUCCGAAACUUUGCCUCCAAGCUGUCGUCCGGCAAGAUUGGCAACCUCAUUUCCAACGUCAAGUCGUAUCUGCCACAAAACAAGGAUAUGCCCGUGACCCGAAUUGUGUCCGGCAUUGUGUCUCCUUCCGAGUCUGGCGACAUUACCGACGACUAUUUAUAUUUCGACCCGUCGGUGCGUGGCUCCAGCACAAAGCCGCCCCGAAAACAGGCGUACAACGAGGCCAUUGUGUUUGUGGUUGGAGGUGCCAACUACGCUGAGUACGCCAAUCUGAUGGACUACGGUGUUAAGGCAGGAAAAAAGGUGGUUUACGGAGGAACAGAUGUGGUCAAACCCGAUGUGUUUUUGGGAGAGCUGGCCUCACUCACCAAGUAG